GAGACGGAAGUAGCGGCGGUUGCCGGGGUAACCAUUGGUCGGGCCGCGUCAUGGGCGAGUUGGGCUCGGAGACCGGGAAUGGGAGCGCGUACAGCCUGCGGCCCGGCCUGCAGCGGCGGUUUAAGGCAUCCGCGGUGAAAGAAUGCAUCCGUGCGGUACUGAAGGAGAAGCUGGCCGACGUGCAGUACGACCCUGAGGCGAUCCCUCAGCUCACAAAGUCUUUGUCGGAGAUAAUAAAGGAUAGGCUGAAAGAGGAAGGAUUUGAGAGGUACAAAAUGGUGGUGCAGGUUGUGAUUGGGGAGCAGAGAGGAGAAGGAGUGAACAUGGCUGCACGAUGUUUCUGGGAUGCUGACACUGACAGCUAUGCUCAUGAUGUUUUCAUGAAUGACAGCCUCUUUUGUGUGGUGGCUGCAUUUGGCUGCUUCUACUAUUGAAGAUAUCUGCACAAAAGGACAGAGGUGGGGGAGAAUACUUGAGGGUAUUUUCUUGUUACCAUAACAAACACAAACACAGUGUUCUUCCUUUAAUACGUAAUGCAGUACAGCUCUACAAAGCACAUCCUAAACAUGUUGAACUACAGCAUCCCUCCUCCCCUGUUGAUGCCAGUAUAGCUGUAAGUGUGUCAUUAUGUCCUUUAUGUAAAUUGCUGUUUGUUUUUACAUAGCGUGCUGGUUUUGUCCUAAAAAGAGCAUUGCCAGGAGCUGUUGUUUUUAAGGCAGGCACAACUUCUGUUUUAAGAGGGUUCCAUUGCUUUUCUUUUGUUAGUUUUCUGAGGGGAAUGAAGUAUUUCCAAGAAAUGUAACAUAAUAAAUCUGUAUAUUUA